AUGACAAAAAGCCAACUGGACGAAGAGAAAGUCACAACACCAGAACCUAAUGUACAACUCGAUACGACACCUACAUUACUAGCCACCUCAAAUGAAUCUAAAACCUCAACCACCAGCAAUGGUCUACAUUUGCUCGACGACCCAUCAAAUUUCCCAUCCGGGCUCCACACAAAGGCAGUAUUGACAGUGAUUGGUUCCUUUCUAGGACUCACGGGUGCACUAGGGUUUGUCAAUUCCGCUGGUGUGAUACAGUCCUACGUAUCAGAGCACAGUCUAAAAGAUGAACCUUCAACGGCAAUAAGUUGGAUAUUCUCCUUGUACAACUUCUUUGCUUUUGGCGGAACCCUAGUCUCGGGCCCAGUGUUUGAUAAAUUUGGAUGUAAAGGCCCCAUAAUGUGUGGUGGAAUCGCCAUGUUUUUGGGCCUACUCGCCACAAGUUUCUGCCAUCGGGUAUGGCAGUUCAUCUUGGCUUAUGGGUUUCUUGCUGGAAUUGGGGCCGCAUUCACAUUUGGACCAUUUGUGGGAGUGAUUAGCCAUUGGUAUUGUACGAAACGGGCAAUUGCAUUGGGGUUGGCCUAUUCUGGAGGAGGAUUAGGAGGAGUCAUCUUCCCGUUGCUCUUUAGGUCCCUAUUCCCUGAAAUUGGGUUUGGUUGGUCAAUUCGUGUAGGUGCAUUUUUGUCGUUGUUUCUAUUGGCUGUGGGUUGGUUGAUGGUGACUGAUAGAAAAGAAGAGUUUAGUGAUGUUGGCAAUGGCAGUGUUUUAAAAGAAAUGUUUCACUCGAUUGAUUUCAAAAUUGUUUACAGGAACCCAUUGUUUGGUGUCAUUGUUGGUGGGCUACUUUUCAAUGGGUUGGCAUUUUUGAUCUCCAUGGUUGAAAUACCGCUCUAUGCCACCAACCGAGGGUUUUCUGAUUCUGAUGCAUACUUGUUGGUGGUGGUGUUCAACUCAUUCAGUAUCCCUGGCCGUAUUGUGCCGAGUAUUAUUGCCGACAAGUGGCUAGGUAGAUUCAAUACAUUUUGCGUGAUCAAUUGCUUUUCAUUGCUUAUAUUCUGUGUCAUUUGGAUUCCAUUUGGUCACUAUUUACCUGCAAUGUAUGUAUUUUCAGGAUGCUUUGGAUUUUCAAGCGGGUCAGUGCUUAGUCUAUCAGCAAGUUUGGUGGCGUCGAUUGUCAAAACAUCUGAUGUUGGUAAGGGAUUGGGAACGGCUUUCUUUGUAUUGUCGUUUGGUGAUUUAGUAGGGUUGCCCAUUGGUAGUGCAAUUGCAACCGGCUCCCACGCCAGUUUUGAUAAUUUGGUUUACUUCUUGACAUGUUGUGCAUUUAUUGGCACCGUUGUCAGUUUUGUUUCCAGGUACAUGUAUGGAGGAUUCAUAUUGAAACGAAUGUAA